GGGCGGUCCUAAUGCAGGGCCUACUUUCCCAAAUUAACCGUGACAUCUGAGCUGGAUGGGAGCACCUGUCAGGCGACGGGACAGAGCAGCUUGUUACUAAGCUAUAAAGUCUAUGAAGUCCGAACCUUCUGGACAAUUCUGAGAUAAAAACGCUGAGAUGAUUUUCGCGGGCUUUUUCCUCUGCGUGGUCGCGAGCCUCAGCCCCGGACUAACGACUCACUCUGAAGGACUGAGCGGAGAGGACGCAGCGUUUUGCAGAGGAGGUUUAGCUUUAAGUUACCCAGAUCUGGACAUAAACACCUGCAUGUUCAUUCCUCAAGAGGCCAGAGAGAAGAUCAGCAGGGAGUGGGGACCUCCAAAGGUGCAGCUGGCCACUGCUGAUGAGAAGAAGAAAUACACAUUGAUAAUGGUGGAUCCUGAUGCCCCAAGCCGAACUAACCCCACUAGAUCAUACUGGAGGCACUGGGUGGUGGUUGACAUUGAGGGCAAAGGGCUGAGGGCAGGAGACGUUAAAGGCAGUGUACUGUCUGAUUACACUCGUCCCACACCACCCCAACACACUGGGUUCCACCGCUACCAGUUCCUCCUCUACGAACAACCCACAGAUCAGGUCCUUACUCUCAGUGAGCAAGAGAAGAAGUCACUUGGGAACUGGGACCCACAAGCUUUUGUGCAGAAGUUUGGAUGUGAUGGUCCUGUGGCUUCCCUACAGUUCCUUACCCAAAACCAUAAGGAUUAGAUGAACUCUCACUGGCUUUUCUUUUUCACCUCUGACCACUGUUAUACCUGUUCCAAUAUUGUACUCUUUGUUUUUUUUUCGUUUGCUACACAAUAUAGGAAGACUCAUUCAAAUUAUAAUUUUAAAUGAUACAUAGUAUACUUACACGUUUUUAUAUUUACAUUUCCGUUCUACAGUACUUUUAGUUUAUAUUGGCUGUUUGAUUAACAUUUAACCUGUCUAAUAAUAUUCUAAUAAUGCCUAGUAUGACUAAAAUGUAUUUUAGUGUUAUGAAAGUCGUGUAUUUGUAUAGUUGGAUUCUUGUUUUCCUCCCAUGUAUUUAAGGCACACUGGCAAAACUUAGCCUGUGCUUUCAUCACUUCCUCUGCAAGUGAGUAAUAGGGUUCUAAAAUAUUAUUAGGCCUCAAGGGACAAUAAUAAAAAAAUACGGAAACUACCA